AUGGGUCUCAAGCGCAAGCACUCCUCUGACGACUCGCCGCUCUCCAUGUCCAGCUUCGGCUCCGUCUCGACACCAGACACACAACUACCAAUGUCGUUCUCCAAAGGUUACGACAAGGUGAUGGAAACAGACGCGCCCGCGACUAUGAGAACUAACGCGUGGGACUUUAUGAGCGCGAGCCGAGUCAAAAGCAGCGACUGGGGGAACCGCACGCGCAAGCGAGUCCGCGACAACAGACCCGAUGAGCGAGCGAUACAUGAGAACACGCUAAACAUGCUCUUCGCCGCGCAACGUAACUACCCCGACGCCUCACCUAUCCCAUCCCAUCCUCUUCCAAUGCAUCAACAACCUAUUUCAAUCCCAUCAAAACCACAAAAGUCCACGCUGCAUUCCUUCUGGAAAGAGCUGCCCGCGCCGCCUGUUCAACCUAUCUUCUCAAUGCCCGUACAGCAGGAGCAGACUUCAUCACAACUGCCGCGGUGCGAAGAUUGCGAUACACCGCUGCAGAGUGGAGGAGAUAGCAUGGAUGUAGACAUGGACAUGGACAUGGGCGGAGCUGUGGAACAUAGUCCUUUCGCGUGCAAUGAUUGCGGGAGGAAUCGGAAGGAAUUCGAGAAGGUGGUGGUAGGCUGCGAGUGA